GACCGUUUUGUCAUUUGAUGCUGGCCAAAUCACCCAUUCUCACUACACCAAUGAUUUAACUUGACAUAAUCAUGUGGUCUAGCACAUUGUGACCAGAUAAAAUGCACAUUAGUUUAAUUUGGCAAAUUAGUCAGAAGUCUGUCAAUAUCAUCACUAGAAAUAGAAGAACAUUUAUUCUUAUACAUCCUGUAGCAUAGGCCUAUAGCAUGUCAUGCAGCUGCAAGGGCCAUUGCAGCUCCAAUAGCGCAUCCUUCUCUCAUUAAUUAAUUAUUGGUGCGUUGCGAUUCUUAAUGCGUUUUCUGGGUUUUAAUUUAUUUUUUUAACUUGGGCUCUAGCCCGUGACGAGUGGCGAAUGGAAUCCGCUACGAGGGAGCUCGGGCGUACAGGUACACCUCAGAAAAUGCGCAGCUCCUCAGACGUGCUUGUUUUGCACGAUGCCCCACAUAGGGCUGACUAAAGGUGAACGGAGAGCCGCGUUCAUUGCUUAUUAUUUUAAGAUCUUCAGCCGACCAACACAGGGAUACCUGCAUGAUGCAAAUGUGCUCCGGACACUGCUGUGUCUGCUGAAAUGCUCGAAUUAGCCGGAGGUGAUGGGAUCUGCCUAGCAUAUUGAUACGGUUCAGCUACUGCAUGCAUCCCGGCGACCUCUUCUUGUGCCAGCAUCGACAGCUCAGGUGAAGCGCGAAUACCGUUUUUCUAUCAUAGUCGCCGAAUUUUUAACGAAAUAGCAUGUUUUUUGUGCAAGUACAGUUUGAAUGUUGGUAAAACGACGCGCAUGCGUUGGUCUUGGAAUAAUUGUGCAGCCUGUGACAAAGUUGCAUUCCUCAAAUCUUCGCUCAAAGUCAUCUAUCUCUCUGAUCAAAGUUAGUGAUGUGUACGGCUUUGGACCGCGGACGCUGGGGGAUUUUUUGUAUUUUCCUAAUGGUCGCCAUGGUCUGCGGCGCUCAAAGCGCCAACGAGCCUAGCAACAUGUCAUUUGUGAAAGCGACCGUGGACAAACUGCUAAAGGGGUAUGACAUUCGUCUGAGGCCUGAUUUUGGAGGUGCCCCUGUGGACGUUGGAAUGAGCAUAGAUAUCGCAAGUAUCGACAUGGUUUCUGAAGUCAACAUGGAUUACACCAUCACCAUGUACUUCCAGCAGUCCUGGAGGGACAAGCGCUUGUCCUACACAGGGAUUCCCCUCAACCUGACGCUGGACAACAGGGUGGCAGACUCGCUCUGGGUCCCUGACACCUACUUCAUCAAUGAUAAGAAAUCCUUUGUGCACGGGGUCACAGUGAAGAACAGAAUGAUCCGACUGCAUCCUGACGGAACUGUACUCUACGGCCUCAGGAUCACCACUACGGCAGCUUGCAUGAUGGACUUGCGUAGAUACCCUCUGGACGAGCAGAACUGCACCCUGGAGAUCGAGAGCUAUGGGUACACCACUGAUGACAUCGAGUUCUACUGGAAAGGUGAUAAUUCAGUGACUGGGGUGGAGAACAUCGAACUUCCCCAAUUCUCUAUUAUAGACUACCACAUCCAAUCCACAAAAGCAGUGUUUGCUACAGGCUCCUACCCGAGGCUCUCUCUGAGUUUUAAGCUGAAGAGGAACAUUGGCUACUUCAUCCUACAGACCUACAUGCCCUCCACCCUGAUCACCAUCCUAUCCUGGGUCUCCUUCUGGAUCAACUAUGACGCGUCUGCGGCCAGAGUCGCUUUAGGUAUAACCACUGUGCUGACCAUGACCACCAUCAACACCCACUUGAGAGAGACUUUACCCAAAAUCCCCUAUGUCAAGGCUAUUGACAUCUACCUGAUGGGCUGCUUCGUGUUUGUCUUCCUGGCCCUGCUGGAGUACGCGUUUGUCAACUACAUCUUCUUCGGUCGGGGGCCUCACUUGCAGAAAAAGGUGGCAGAGAAAGCAGCUAAAACCAAUAACGAAAACAAGAGCCGUCUGGAGAGUAACAAAGUGCAGGUGGACGCCCACGGCAACAUCCUCCUGACCAAUCUAGAGAUCCGUAACGAGAUGGGUGGGAUGGGUGGCAUGGCCGGGAUGACCGGGGCCGAGAUGAUAGGGGCUCUCAAUGACCCGCGGGCCACCAUGUUCUCCUAUGACAGCGCCAGCAUACAGUACCGCAAGCCCAUGGCCAGCCGAGAUCUGUAUGGUCGACCGGCCCUCGACCGGCCCGUCGGCCACAAGAAGAGUCGUUUGAGGAGGAGGGCGUCGCAGCUCAAAGUCAAGAUCCCCGACCUGACGGACGUCAACGCCAUAGACAAGUGGUCCCGCGUCAUCUUCCCCAUCGCCUUCACCUUCUUCAACCUGGUCUACUGGAUGUACUAUGUCCACUAGGGGGCGUGGCUAUUCUCACUAGAGGUUUGUUUAGCUAGCUAGGUUCUUGUACAGCGAGGGUAAAAGAAAGGGGCGUUCAGCCCCCUGUUUAUAUGACUUCUGUUUGAGGAAUGCGAGGCGAAGCGGAUGUCUUUUCAAUGUAAAUACAUUUUAAUAUAUUAUAUAAAUAUAUAUAUAUAAAAAAUAUAAAUAUAAUUUAAUAAAUUCUCUCACCUUUUUGCUGUAUUCAUCCGUAAAAAGUAGAAAUAGUGAAAAUUAGUACAGAAUUAAAGACUCGGUGAAGCCUGCAUUUCUAAGUCUGAACUUUAUGCCAAAAAUAGACUUUGGUGACUUCAUUGUUACUGAUAGGCUGCAAUGGAAUUUUAUUUAUUGGAAAUCCUGUUCUCACCUUAUUUCCUCUCACCCUCUGCAUGCGAACUGUAACACAACUUUUAUUUGCUUCUAAAGAGAAAAAAAGCCCAGUGCAAAAACCAUGGGUAAUAACAAAGACAAUUUUCUCUUGGUUAAACCCUAUCUUGUGAUUGAAGUAAAUCCUUGCUUGUUUAAACUUCAUUCUGUGGUUUAGGAAGUCCUUGUUUGGUUGAACUCCAGCUCUGUGAAUAAGGUAGUCCUCAUUUUGUUUAACUCCAUGCUAUGACUAAGUUCAUCCUCAAUGAAGUAUUAACUCUCCAUACCAUGAUUAAGGCAGUUCUCAUUGAGUCCCCACCUUGUGACUAAGGCGGUAUUCAGCGAGUUGAAGAACAUGCUACCUUGCAUGUUCUUAAUGUGUGACAUGAUUUUGUUGGUUUAUGCUAGGUGCAUGUGCGCUUACCUGCUUUUUGCACUGUAAAACAAAGCCUGUUUUCUUUCCUUUGUAUAAAAAGCUUAGCAAAGCCUCCAUAGUUGAGCCUACCUGUAUUAUAAUCAUUCUACUGUGUGCUUUUGAACAACAAGCAUUGCAUUUACCGUAAGUACAGGACAGAACUGAAUUGGAAAUAGACUAAUCUCAAAAAACGAAAUUUGUUCAAAUUUGUAUCUAUUCUCACAGCGUCUGUGAGCAUGUAAAAUGUAAUUUUCUUUAAAAGAAAUCAGGUAAAGAAUGACUUAUGAUGUCACCACGCUUUCGAAACCACAUCAAAACAUGCAAGCCCUGAUAAUACAUGCUGUAGAUGGUUGAGCCAAGUGCAGCCAAUACAACAUUUUUUCAAUUACACAGUACUGUAUAGCAUAUUUGCACACCGUAUAUUAGCCUAUAGUGCAGCUCAGCUAUUCAAAACGUUAUUUGUUAAAUGGCAAACACUUGCAGUAGAUAUACUAACGUUAACAUUAUACUAAAUUCCACUCAUAAACACCUUGGCCCCUGUGAAAACUGUUCCAGCAUCAGAAAAACUGGCAUAGAAUAACAAUAGGUUUUCUACACCUAUAAGAUUUGCCAUGAAAAUCCAUUGACCUCGUUGCUUUGGUGCAUAAAAAAAACAGGAGCGAUGGUCGGGGGUUAUUUGGAUUUCAAUGGAUUUCUUGACUUCCCUGUUAUUAUACUCAAGACUGAUGAUCAAUUGUAUGAACCUGAACACUUCCCUGUAAUUCCCACUUGUUUCAUUGCUGGUUUCAUUGCUAUUGUAGAAAAAGCUGUGCCAGAAUGGCUACUAUAUUAGUUCAACAAAACAAAUCGGAUACGUAGCUAUAGCCUAGUUGUAAAGGUGUAAUUUGGUAGCAUUAAAGGGCAGCAAUUAGUGCCACAAUAGGUGCAUUUAGUAAGCUUAUACAAGUAGGCUAUGUGGUUUAAAUUAAAUGAGCGUAGGUUGGACUCCUUUGUAUUACAUCCUUUGUAACCUUACAAUUUGGAUGAUGGGGAAAAAAACCUAAACUUGCGACGUAGCAUUCUAUGUGAUUCUAACUUUUAUUGACACACUGAUAACAUCCUGCAGUGCUCUGUGUUUGGCAGGCCACGCCACAUCCAAAUCUAGCCAGUCCAUGUCUACAGUCCUCAGAUGAUGACAUUUUGCUCACAUUUGGAACUAAAAUAACAUAUCUAAAAAAAUAAAAUUCCAUGGCUAAAAUGGUUUUGCUCAUGACUAUUGCUUUGCUUAGCUAUCAAAAUGGCCAGUGACUACUUUGAUGUAACUACUUUAUUAUUAUAAUAGCGGGUGGAUUCCAAGUAGACAUCUGAACUGCUUGUGUUAUCAGGGCUUACCAAAACAAAGCAAAACCAGAUAGGCUUCUACAUGACACAAUAAGUAGCAGUGUGCUCUCUCCUCAUGGCUGAAUAUUGUGCCUUUAACAAGAAUCUCAAUAUUUUCACAGGGUUUAACUUAACUUAUAACUAGUGUGUAGAAUUUAAAACUAAUAAACUUGUACUUUUUUUAGAGAAGAUUAAGAAAUGAAACUGCGGUCAACAACACAGACUGACUUUUAUGACGCUCUAAAUACAUACUCAAAGUAGAUAGUAGUCAGACAUUCCAGCAUUUAUGAUGACAAUCUGUGAAUUCAAUGCAGAAAAUGUCCUGCAAGUUUGGUUUUGUUGCUGUUACUGUCAUUGUUUUCAGGUGGAAUGGAAUUCUAUGGUCUGGUGAAAAAUAAAAUCUUCUUUCCACUCAGCAAAGACUCUCACAUAACAGAUGGGACACAUGUUUUCUUUGGACGGCUUUAGUGAAAUGGAAGCCUUAACAACUGGCUUCCCUCAAGCUUCCAAGGGAUAAUGAAAUGUACUGAACUCUAUUGUGUGAAAUUACUGUACAAUUUUUUCUCUCGUGCUCUAUAUGUGCUCUCAUGUAUAAAGGAGUGUGUGUGUGUGUGUGUGUGUGUGUGUGUGUGUGUGUGUGUGUGUGAGUUUGAGUGUCCUGGCGUGUUUGUCAGCAAGCAUGUGUGUUUUUCUGCUUGGUAACGUGUACAAGCAAGCAUGUGCGACCGGGAAUGUGUGUGUGGGUGUUUGUGUAAGAGAGAACACAUAAUCAUACAAAUCCUUUGUUUGAGAUUGUAAGGAAUUCAAAUAAAAUAACUGACAUCUCACCAACCCAAUAAAAGCUUCACUCUCAUUUAACAAUACUAA